UUCCGCGUACGUCACCACAAGCGCUUCACCAAAAAACGAAAACAAAUAAUAAUAAUUCCUGAAUUAGUUCUCAAUUGAAGCCUCGACGCAGUGCGUCCAUCAGUACCUCUUUGGAGUAAAACGUCAUUCAUCAAAUUUCGGUGUCCGGUUAAACUCGUCUCGCUGCACCUUAAAGUUUCUCCGCCUCGGUUUCGCUUAGCUUAGCUUAGCUUAGCUUAGUUUAGCCUAGCUUAGUUUUUGCUUGCUUGCCGUUAUUGCCGCUUGCAUCGCAUCGCUAAACACAAGUUUCGUAUCGGCGUCAAGUGUCGCGUGAAAAUGUUUGCAAGGACGACGGCAAAGGAGGAACUUUGUGGAGCAAAAGAGGAGAGCGAGCGGCAACGUCAACUCAAGAAUCCCCGAGCUGAGUUGCACGGAGCAGACGCCAGUGAAAAAUAUCUUCCUCGUCAGCAGCAGGCGUUAGAGUCCCGUGACAUUAAAGAGGAAGAAGACUGGGAACCGCUUCACGUUAAAGAGGAGGAGCAACAACCCUCGUACGUUAAAGAGGAGGACGAUUUCACAGAGAUUCCGGUGACUGGUGUCCUUCUGAAGAGUGAAGAUGAAGUUCGGAGUGAGGAGAACGGAGGUGCGGGGCCUCCGAGCAGCAGCUCAAGUCAACGCGUGAAAACAGAAGGUGAUGGAGAACACCGUGGAGGAUCACGAGCAGACCGCCUCUUAGCCCCGCUGUCCGAUAGCGACGACAUAACGUCCCACUCUCCCGACACUGAUGACGAUCGGUCUGAAGGUCAUAUGACAUGUCACGCCGACAACAAACCGUGGAAAUGUUCUCAGUGCGGGGAAACCUUUGUCUCCAAGUCUCUUUUGCAAACACACAUGGUUUUCCACACUGGAGAAAAAGUUUUUGCCUGCUCGGUUUGUGAUCAAAGAUUCUCUCAGAAGAGAUACUUACGAAGACACACGAGAACACACUUGGGAGAGAAACGUUUUGCCUGCUCCGUUUGCGGUAUAAGAUUCUCUACAAAGGGAUAUGUCAAAUUGCAUACAUUAACUCACACUGGCGAGAAACCUUUUGCCUGCUCAGUGUGCGGUCGAAGAUUCUUCCAAAAAGUACACUUGAUCUCACACACAAGAACACACACAGGAGAGAAACCUUUCUCCUGCUCAUUUUGCGAGCAACGAUUCUCAACAAAAGGAAAUUUAAGAAUACACACGAGAAUACACACUGGUGAGAAACCUUUCUCCUGCUCAGUAUGCGGUCAAAGGUUCUCUGAGAGGCGCGUUCUGACGACACACUCAAGAACACACACUGGAGAGAAACCUUUUGCCUGCUUGAAUUGCGAGAAAAGCUUCUCGACAAGCGCAAACUUAAAAACGCACACAAGAACACACACCGGUGAGAAGCCUUUUCCCUGCUUAGUUUGCGGUCAAAGAUUCUCUGAGAGGCGCACUUUGACGACACACACGAGAACGCACACUGGAGAGAAGCCUUUUGCCUGCUCCGAUUGUGGGAAAAGAUUCUCUCAAAAAGGAAACUUGAAGCGUCACACGAGUGCACACAAGUGAAGAGAAAGCUUAUGCAGAAGGGAACUUGAAGGAAACACACAAGAACACACACUUGCCGGUUCAGUUUGUGGUCGAACAUUCUCUCGUAAGGGUUCGUUUAAGACACUUGAGUUCUGGUACGUAUAGUUGAGAUCAAUGAAGCUUUGAAUAAAAGUUUUGAUUUUGAAUAUUGAAACUUAUUGCUAUGACACUGACUUGAAAGAAUUUACAUUCUUGUAUUCCAUCUACCUUUUUGUAUUAUAUCUAACAUCUUGCAUGUUACGUACCUUCUUAAAAGUCUCAUGUGGCCAAGUAUUGAGAAUUAGAAUCAUGCUAAAAGCAAACUAUCUGGAUUAGCCAAUGUUUUGUGAUGUCCAUGUCGAAUAAGUAAUGACUGGGCGGGGACAAACUGUGACUCUUUGUGAUCAGAUGGAAAACUGUGAAUGUGAUUAUGA